AUGGAAGAGAGAGCUCGCAUUCCCGUAAGCCUGCCUCGAGCAAAUCCUACCACAUCAUAUUGGCAAGAUCCACCAGAUGAGAUAGCGAAUCUGCAGAGCACAAAAAAUUUGCCAAAAUUUGCCGACUAUAUCAUCAUUGGCAGUGGCAUCAGCGGUGCAGCCAUAUCCUAUAACUUGACCAAGAAACAACCAAACAGCUCCGUCUUGAUACUGGAAGCAAGACAGGCAUGCAGUGGAGCCACAGGUCGAAAUGGUAACUUGAGCUCGGUCAUGCAACAUGCAAGCUAUCGCAGCUUCCUUGAACACGAAGCCGAGUACGGCCUCGAGGACGCCAUCAAGAUUGCUCGCCUCGAAUACGCCAAUAUCAGAGAAACUCACGCCUUGGCUCGCGACCUGAACAUUGAUUGUGCAUCCAUGCCCUGCGACACCGUAGAUAUUGUUUAUGAUGCAACAAACCUCGCACGAGGAAAGGAAGCCAUUGCCAGAAUGCAAGAGACCAUGGGGCCAGAUGACCCGGCGGCAGAGUAUAAAAUCAUGUCUGCCGAAGAGGCANAGGCAAAAUAUCAUACACCUGAUGCUUUGGGAGCAUUCGUGUAUGAAGCAGGGAGUGUCAGUGCAUAUCGCUUCACCAUAGGACUGAUAAAGCAUUGUCUCGAGAGAGGUGUAAAUUUGCAGACCAACACGCCAGUUGAAGCCAUCAAGCCAGUCGAGAACUUGAACCCAAAGGCACCGAGAUGGAUAGCAAAGACACCGAGAGGCAAUGUCGAGACUGCCAAUUUGGUGCUUGCGACGAACGGGUACACUGCGCGUUUGUUGCCGGAAAUGCAAGGUAUCAUCGUUCCUCUGCGCGGACAAAUCACUGCACAGAGACCAGGGUCCAGAUUGCCUGGCUUGGAUACGACUUACUCUUUUACCUAUGCUCAGGGGUACGAAUACAUGAUUACUCGACCAGCGGGUACUUCGGAUGCCGGCACUAUCAUCAUCGGUGGUGGACUUGGAAGACUGCCCAAUGCAGGUGCGUCCGAGUAUGGAAACACUUUGGAUACAGAGUUGAAUGAGGAGAUCUCAACCUACCUUUAUGACUGCACAGCAGGCUACUUUGACGAUAACUGGGGUGAAGACGCGAGCGAAGGAAGAAUUAUCAAGGAAUGGUCGGGGGUAAUGGGCACGAGUGCUGAUGGAUUGCCAUAUGUGGGAGCCAUGCCCGAGAUGCCAGGAGUAUUCAUCUGUGCCAGCUUCAAUGGCCAUGGCAUGGUGAUGUGUCUCAAGUCGGCAGAGGCACUGGUUGACUUGAUGAAAGGUGGUAGAGACGUAGAGUGGUUUCCAAAGGCGCUUUUGGUGACUGCUAAGAGGUUCGAGAAGACGUUUCAGGGGAGGUUGGAUAUGCGUGCGCCUGGUGAGGCUCUGUUUGAUCGAUCGACUGUAGACAAGUGA